UUCAAGAUGGCACCGUGUAUAGUGUUGGCUGGCCUUCACUUGGUGUUGUCUAUUUUACAGUUCCUGCUAAUAUUUGUAUGUUUUAUCAACCCAAAGUGCUCUCUUUGGAUUUACGACUGCAAAACUUUGAUUCAAAUUCGUGCACUGAUGGCAGAUGUCACUCGGAGCAAAAAAAGGACUUUGUCCUCGCAGCAGCCUGGGACUGAUCGUCGGCGAAAGCGUGGCAGCAAAGGAGGGAAGUAUAUUAAAGCGAAAGCGGCGGAGGUGCUCGAGAGGAACCAGGCGGCUCGACGAAACAGGCCUCCGAGAGGAAUACAUCUCACCAAUCUGAGUUAUAUCGAAUCGGAUGUGUUCUCGAAUGGGACUCCAUCGCUCCCAUUGGAGUCUGAUAAUGAGGUCGCAGAUGUUCCUGUGCCGAUGCUCCCGCCGCCGUCCACGCCGUCUGUGGAGGAGCUGAUCCAGCAGAGCCAGUGUAACCUGCAGCAGCAGGAGCAACACCUGCUCAGCCUCGGACAGGAGCAAGUGACGGCAGCCAUCUCUUUGGCGAUGGAGCAGCAGAUGCAGAAGCUGCAGGUGGAGACACAGCUGGACAUGAACGAGUUUGAUAACCUGCUGCAACCCAUCAUAGACACCUGCACCAAAGAAGUCAUAGCGGCUGGAAAGGACUGGAUGCUCAGUAAUGCCAAAACCCAGCCGCACUGCGAGCUGAUGGCGUCGCAUCUCAGAGACCGCAUCAUUGCAGACGGGGCUCAAUUCGAGCUCCGCCUACAUCUCAUCUAUCUGACCAAUUGCGUCCUGCAUCACUGUCAGAGGAAUAAUCAGAAGGAUCUGUUGGCGGCUCUUCAGAAGGUCGUGGUUCCCAUUUACUGCACCAGCUUCCUGGAAGUAGAGGAAGAAAAGCGGCAGAAUAUCACCCGCCUGCUGGUGCUCUGGGAGAAGAACGGUUACUUUGAUAACAUCACGAUUCAGCAGCUUCAGAGUCCAGACCUGGGUCUGAGACAAUAUCAGGCGUCGCUCAUCACAGAGUAUGCUCCGGUGGUGCAGCCCAUCCAGAUGGCCUUCCAGCAGCAGAUCCAGGCUCUGAAGACACAGCACGAGGAGUUCGUGAACAAUCUGAAGCAGCAGCAGACAGCAGCGGUGACCUCUCAGCUUGGAGAUCCAAAUCCUCCAUUGCCCGUUUGGUUCAAUCCGCUGCACAACAUGCUGGCGUGGAACCCGCAACAACCUCCGCCUUUCGACCCGUAUCAAGCCCCGCCCCCCUGGCCCCCCUGGAACAGCCAUGGGGGCAUGUGGAACUGGAGCAGCCCUUGGGACGGGGGCUCCGCAGGCCCCUGGAGCGGUCAGUUCAACCAGCCACCUUGGAGUAGCCAGCCGGAUCAAGCAUUACCAUGGGGCCACGGGCCCUUCCCUCCUCCUCAGCAGCCACUACCACCACACAACUUCGGACACUUCAUGCAGGGCGAGUUUCCUCCGCGGCAUCCCUUCGAACAGUCGUCGUAUCAGCCGCAUCGAUUCGACUACCUACAGGAAGACUUCCCUGGAGAGAUCAGUUCGGCACCUCAUCACCACUCAAACCAGAGGACUCCUUCUCCUGGGAUAUCUGAUUCUCCUCUGUAUGGUGGACAUCAGCAUCCUGAUUCCGGGUCGCCUCCUCAUGGCUAUAAUGGUCAAGCGUCACGCAAGCGGUCACACAAGCGGUCACACAAGCGGUCACACAAGCGGUCACACGAGCGGUCACACGAGCGGUCACACGAGCGGUCACACAAACAUCGUCAGAGCCCUUCUCACGUAAAUCAGGACGACCCCAGCCUGGUGCCCGAUGAGCCCUACUACGACCUUCCUGCAGGACUUAUGGUGCCACUUGUGAAGCUUGAAGAUUAUGAUUUUAAACCUCUGGACCCCAAAGACCUCCGUCUGCUGCCCGUAAAGCCUCCCAGUGACCGUGUGCUGGCUGCGGUGGAGGCGUUUUACAUCCCACCGUCUCACGACAGACCAAGAAACAGUGAGGGUUGGGAACAGAAUGGUCUGUAUGAAUUCUUCCGGGCCAAAAUGCGAGCGAGGCGGAAAAAGGAACGGGACAAACGCAACAGCACACGGAGUCCUUCGGGCAGCCGGUCAUGCAGCCGAGGGCGAUCUAUCUCAAGUUCUAGCUCCAGAUCUUCCAAAUACUCUCGGUCCAGAUCCCGAUCCAGAUCCCGCUCUCGCUCCUACUCCAGAUCUCACUCUCGUUCUCGCUCCUACUCCAGAUCUCGCUCUAACCAUCCCAAAAAUAUAUCUGCUUUGACAUUGUUGUUGAACACAUUUUUGACUUUAUCCCGGAGGAGCAGGAGUCGCUCCAGAUCCGGGUCCCGAAGUCGAUCCCGCUCCAGACAUCGCGCCAGAUCACGAUCACCAGAUAAGCGUCGCCACUCUGCAAAAUCUCGCAGUCCAGCGCCACCCAGGAGUCACUCCAGAUCCGGGUCCCGAGGUCGCUCACGCUACAGACAUCGUGCCAGAUCACGAUCUCCAGACAAGCAUCUUGACGUUGCAAAACCACGCAGUCCAGCACCACCCAGGAGUCACUCCAGAUCCGGGUCCCGAAGUCGCUCCCGUUACAGACAUCGCGCCAGAUCACGAUCUCCAGACAAGGAUCUUGACGUUGUAAAAUCUAGCAGUCCAGUGCCACCAAGCAGGAGUCACUCUCGAUCCAGAUCCCGAAGUCGCUCCAGAUCACAAUCUCCAGACAAGCAUCUUGACGUUGGAAAAUCACGCAGUCCAGCGCCACCAAGCAGGAGUCACUCCAGAUCCGGGUCACGAAAUCGCUCCCACUCCAGAUCUCGUUCAGAGUCACAAUCUCCAAACAAGCAUCUUGAAGCUGCAAAAUCACGCAGUCCAACACCACCAAACAGGAGUGACUCCAGAUCCGGGUCCCGAAGUCGCUCCUGCUCCAGAUCACAAUCUCCAGACAAGCAUCUUGACACUGCAAAAUCUUGCAGUCCAACACCACUAAGUAGGAGUCAUUCCAGAUCUGGCUCCAAGUCACAAUCUCCAGACAAGCAUCUUGACACUGCAAAAUCUUGCAGUCCAAUGCUACUAAGCAGGAGUCACUCCAGAUCCAGGACCCGUAGUCGCUCCAGAUCACGAUCUCCAGACAAGCAUCUUGACGUUGCAAAAUCAUGCAGUCCAGCGCCACCAAGCAGGAGUCAGUCCAGAUCCGGGUCCCAAAGUCGCACCAGAUCUCGCUCUAAGUCACGAUCUCCAGACAAGCAUGUUCACACUGUAAAAUCACGCAGUCCAACACCACCCUCCACAUCUGGUUUGGGUUCAGGCCCUGCUACGUUACCAGCCGACCUCAGGUUGGGCGAAGAAAACAAGGGCUAUCAGAUGCUCAUGAAGAUGGGCUGGAGCGGAUCAGGAGGUCUUGGUGCUAAAGAACAGGGCAUUCAAGACCCCAUCAAAGGAGGUGAAGUCCGGGAUAAGUGGGACCAGUAUAAAGGAGUGGGAGUCUCAUUGGAUGACCCAUACAUGAACUUCAGGAAAAACAAAAGCAACGAUUUUGCCACAAAGAUGAAAGCACGAGAAAAAGUAAGCAGAGACCCACAGGAUCCCUCCAGCACAGAGUGAUCACCCAUCACACGUGAACUUCCUCUAUUGCGUGGGUCUUGGGUCGCCUGUGAGCACUAAUAAACUAGAAGGAAAAAAAAUUCCUGCUUGUAAACACUAAAGAUAUUGAAGAAAUCUAAAAACAUUUUGAUAUAUAAACAACAAUCAUUGAACGUCUAACCCUCACAGCCUCAUUUUCGUUCCCUGUCGAAUUCUUAUCUCUUUAGUAUCCUCUAGUGUGGUGUAUUUAUAAUCAGCGUGUCCUAGUGACUCAAUCACUGACGUGUAAUGACGUGUGGUGGAGUCAAUUAAUGCUCUAGUGAGAUCUAACUGCUGCCGCGACAUGUUGUUGAGUGCAGAAAUGGUAGGGCUAUGCCAUCAUAGCAUGUUAACAUGGAAGAAAUAUUAAUGUGUUCAGGGUUAUUCAGACGUAAAGCGGGUAGUUCAUAUUGUGUACUCACUCUUGAUGGUUGUGUGACUUGCUUUUGGGGUGGGGUCCACGUACGUCAUGCCCAGUGAUGGACCAACGGCAGCCAUGCCUGAAUCAAUUGACAGCUUAAAUCGGUGUAUCUCACAAAAAUGUGUCCAGGUCUUCCCAGGUUUUUUGCAUUACGGUAAUGGGAGUUUGUAGCAAAAUGUGCUUAAAUGUCAUGAAAAUAGUAAAAAAAAACAAAAAAAAAAACACUAAUAACAUUUUGAUUUUAAUAUAAUAUAUGACUUGGAUUUGUUCUUGUCCCAAAUACAUUUUUCGCAAAACAAGAAUGAAAGUGGUCCUAAACUAUAACCAUGAGGUACACCCCAAAGAAAUCGAGUUAGAAGGUUUUGUGAGGUUCACCCAAAUACAUUUCUCUCAGAACAAGAACAAAGUGGUCCUAAACUAUAACCCUGAGGUACACCCCACACAAAAUAGUCUGGCUGGCCUGAAGUAUCAGAUUAUGUAAACCUACUAGAAGUCUAUGUGUAAAUGAAUCCAUCUGCCUGAGUCUGUAUUGCAACCUCCUUCAAGUGCCAGUCAGAACAGGGUCCAUGUGUUGCCGUUGUAUUGGAUGAGCUAGACCUUAAGACUCUUGAGUGUCAACUGGAAAAUGUUGUUUGUGAUAAAAUACGGUCAUUGUCGCCAUUCUGGGAUUUUUUUUUCACCCCCGGCUCUUAAUUCAUGUUUUUUUUUUCUGGAGCAUCAAUGAGCAUUUGAACCUUCUGUAAUAGUUUCAUGUGGGUCCCUUCGUUGUGCUCCGUGUUAAAAGAUAGAUCUCAAAAUGAUACAGUUACUACUGGAAAGGGUUAAAAUACACAAAAAUGCUGGAAAAACUAAUGUGUGGGACCUGAGGGAUUUUUCUGAAGAACAGCAGACAGUUUUAACUGUUCAGAACAAACAAGGGACUCAUGAUAAACCAUCACUACACAAAAAAAACAAAAAAAACAUCUGUUGAUCAUUCAGGUAAAAACACAUUACGAGUGAAGUGUAUGUAAACUUUUGAACAAGGUCAUUUUAUAAAUUCAACUAUUUUCUCUUCUGGACUAUAUUUUACAAUAAAAAAUACAAUAUUUUAAGUUGGGAAAUUUGUAAAAUAUAUACAUAUCUAAUGUAUGAAAUCACACAUGGACUGGCUCCUCCUGUAUUGAACCAGUUUGUAAACCUAUCACCGUCUGGUUACAGAUUAACAAGAACUGUAAAAAGAGGUGAUGGCAUAGUCCCUUUUAGAAAAAGUGCAUUUAGUCAAAAAGUGUUUUCAGUUAGGGCUGCACGAGAGUGGAACUCCAUCCCAACUUACAUUACAAAUUUCAAUGCGUAUGUUUCCUUUAAGUUUUACUUAAAGAAGUGGUUAACUGAGAGUCAGCAUUGUCAACAUUAGUUUUAUGAAUUAAACUCUGCUGCUGUCUUGUCAUUUCUGCUCUGCUGGUAUGAGAUUUUAUGUUAUGUAUAUGAGGUUGUAUGGUUUCGGUCUGACUAAAUGAUUAGGGCUACUUGUCUGUAUGCUUACAUUAUCUUUGUUUGUAUUAUGAUAUUACUGAUUCAUUGUUUGUCAUUUUGUUUGACAGUUGGAUUGUAUGAGUGAGCUGAUAUUGAUUUGUUGGUUCUGUAUAACUUUUAAGCAGAUGUUUUUUUUUUUUAGGUAUCGUGUGAAUGGUAUAUGUAUUUUAGAGUAUGUAAAUAAAAUGUAUUGAUUAAUUCUU